UAUUUAUCGCUUUGUAAACUCGUAGAAAGUUCUUUGAAUUGUCAACAAGAUGGAUGCUAACUGGAUCGAGUACAAGUGUAAAUCAGGACAAACUCUUUUUAUCUACAACAAGGUGACAGGAGAACACAAAUGGCCGGUUAAUGAUUCAUCUGAAGGGGAUUCUGUCAUGAUUGGUCAUCCUGUCAACUACAAAGAACUGUGUACUACUGGUACUCAGACUGAUGAUAAGGGCUGUCAUAAUGGCUGUACUUCAAUGUACAUCAACRCAGGCCAWGUCACAGACAGUAUUACAUCACCACAAGAAGACCCCCUUAUUAAUGAAAUUAAAGACUUCUUAGGAAUUAAAACUGGCCUUGAUAAGUGUAAUGGGCUGGAUGAUGGAAAUGGAGAAGGAUUUGGGUACCUUGAUGAAUGUGAAACUGUACUGGAAGURUGCAACAGCGGCAUGGAUGCAAACAACAUGGACACAACAGAUUGCAAUGUUGACAAUGAAGACAGUCUUGCAAAUAUUUUAAGUAGACUUCAAGAGAAACACAGAAAUGAUGCAAGUGAUUUUGARCAAAACCAAACCUCAGAUUUGAACAGCAAUGAAGCAGAGGACAAUUCUAUUCAAGACGAAUCUAGUGACGUGAGUUCUUUGCAAAAUUCUAUUCAAGACAAAUCUAGUGAUGGGAGUUCUUUGCAGUGUUCAUACUGUGAUAAGAMGUUCAGGUACAAGUCCCAAAUUACAYGUCACCUGAAAGUCCACRCUAUUGAAGAGCCAAUAAWAUGCYCUUUGGGAAAGAGAGCAAUGAAUAAGAAGAAUCCCUUCAAGUGCCCCUGCUGCCAAGCAAGAUUUGAGACAGACAAACUUAUGAAGGAUCACUUAAGGACGCAUACUGGAGACAAUAUGUGUUCAUACUGCAAAAAGACUUUCGCACAAAGAAGUAAUUUAUUGAUGCACUUAAAAAUCCAUCAACGCCAGAAGCCAUUCCAAUGUUUUCGCUGCAAAAAGAAAUUUGCUGUAAAGAUYCAAUUAGACAGUCACAUGAGAGCAAAGCAUGUUAAAAAGAACAAACUGUUUCAAUGUUCUYACUGCAAAUCAAAYUUUUCUAAAAAGWYAGCUUUGGAGACACAUAAAAAAGCCAAGCACACUGAAUGCAUGAAUGCAAACAAAAUGAACACAACAGAUAGCAAUGUUGACAAUGAAGACAGUGUUGCAAAUAUGAAAAGUGGUCUUCAAGAGAAACACAUCAAUGAUGCAAGUGAUUUAGAAAAAAACAAAACCUCAGAUUUGAACAGCAAUGAAGCAGGGGAAAAUUCUAUUCAAGAUAAAUCUACAUGUAUUGGAGUGAGGUCUUUGCAGUGUUCAUACUGUAAUAAGACGUUCAGGUACAAAUCCCAAAUCACRCGUCACCUGAAAGUCCACACUAAGGAAGAGCUAAUUAAAUGCUCUUUGGGAAAGAGAGCAAUGAAUAAGAAGAAUCCCUUCAAGUGCCCCUGCUGCCAAACAAGAUUUGAGACAAACCAACUUAUGAAGGAUCACUUAAGGACGCAUACUGGAGACAAUAUGUGUUCAUACUGCAAAAAGACAUUCGCACGAAAAAGUAAUUUACUGAUGCACUUAAAAAUGCAUCAACGUCAGAAGCCAUUCCAAUGUUUUUGCUGCAAAAAGAAAUUUGCUGUAAAGAUUCAAUUAGACAGUCAUAUGAGAGCAAAGCAUGUUAAAAACAACAAACUGUUUCAAUGUUCUCACUGCAGUUCAAAAUUUAUUGAAGAGAGAUYUUUGGAGAUGCACAUUAGAGCUAAGCAUGAUACGGAGAACAAGAUGUUUGAAUGUUCUCACUGCAAAUCAAAAUUUUCUGAAAAGAAAUCUUUGGAGAAACAUGUGAAGGAUAAGCACACUGAAGAGAACAAGCCAUUCCAUUGUUCUCAGUGCAAGAUAACAUUUGCUGAAAAGAAAUCUCUGGAGAUACAUGUUAAAGCUAGUCAUGCUAAAGAGAUCAAAUUCCAAUGUUCUCAGUGCAAAUCAGAAUUUGCUGAAAAGAGAUUUCUGGAGAUGCAUGAAAAAUCUAUGCAUACAAGUACAUUUAAGGUCAAGCCAUUUCAAUGUUCCUACUGUGAUAUGAAAUUUGCUGUUAAGAGGUCUUUGGGAAGACAUGUAAAGACCAUACAUGCUAAAGAGGUCAAUCAAUUUCAGUGCUCUCCUUGCAAAAUGAAAUUUGCUGAAAAGAAAUUUUGGGAGGUACACAUGGCAAUGCACACUAAAGAUAUCAAACCAUUUCAAUGCUCUCAUUGCAAAAUUAGAUUUGCUGACGAGAACGUUKUGAAGAUGCAUGAACGAGCUAUGCACACUAGACGGAUCAAGUCAAAAAGCAGUGAUAACAAGUGAAGGUUUUACAGCCACUAAAGGACUUGAAGACUUGUUGGACUACAUGUAAAUGGUUUAUUUGAUACAGUAAACACCCGAAAAUAAGAACCUUAUGGAUUAAGAACCUCUUGGCAGAAAUUUGCCAUUCUAAUAACCCCUUAAAUAAGAACCUGUUAAGCCAAAUUUUAUCUAGCAGGUUCUUAUAAUAUGGGUUAGAGCUAAAUUAUAGGAUAAACAAACCAUGACUAACUCAAUUUGAAGAUUGCUAAAGAUUACUGAAGUUUAUUUACAGUUGUUGAGUUCAUUAUUUACUUGUUACAGUAGUUGAAAGUUGCAGUUAUACAUAACAUUAUUGUAUUACAUAUACUUUUAGCCCAUAUUGAGCUCUGAUAUGUUAUUCUUAUAAUAUAUAUGCAAAAAAAUAACAACUGUAUCUCCCUAUUAGAAAUUACAUGUAAGAACCUAAUUAAGAACCUGCUUUGCCAAAAUGACCAACAACUACCCCUAAAACAAGAAAUUUUUGCCAGACUUUCAAGAAAUAAGGUUCUUAUUUUCAGGUGUUUACUGUAAUUCAUUGUUUACAUUAAAAGUUACUGUAAUUCACAGAAGCUAGAAAACCUUGGAAACUUCGGUUAGAAAUUGCUGGUUUGAAAGAUUACAUUAAUGUGAACAUACGGAACUAGUAGGCAAGUAAGUAUGAUCACUGCUCACCAAUGUUAGUUCUUUGUCUGAUUUCAUCAAUAUCUGUGUCGUUUUUUAAACGUUGAAAAUGUUCUUAGCUCAUAGAUAUUAAUACAAUCUUAUAAUGUCAACCCCAUGAAUGUAGAUGUUGUGGUAAUGAGAUAAAGAACUUAUYAAAUAAA